UGCAAAUAGUGUAGGUCUGAUGAAGUCAGUUUCUGGUGCCUGUGACCCAAGGAAGGCAUCUCAUCAUGCUUUGUAGAUUCUUUUUUGGCUUGAAUUCUCUGUACAUUUCUGCUUUCUGAAAAGUUCCCAAGUGUACCAUUGAGAGAUGGCCUCAACUGCCAAGUUUUCUUACCAGAGAUUGAGACAUGAAGGUAAUGAGCUUGAUGUUGAUGAAAUAGCAGAGACAUUGAUUGGGAGAUCAAGAGCCUGGUACAGGCUGAAAAAGAUACCCGUUAGGAGAAGAUUCAGGUUGAAGGUUCCAAGUUUGAAAAGAUUCUUGAAGAGGAAAGUUAAGCUGGUCAGGCUUUCAUUUGCAAAGUUGAUGCAGAGAUUGAAAGAAAGUAAGGCUCAUUUUGGUGAUCUUUUUGCUGGAAACUAUAUGUUCAUUCAAGUCAAUCCUACCACCAUGAAAUGCUUUGAAAAAUCUUGUAAAGGCCCUGGCCUUAAAGGCUUGCCUUCCAGGUUUUGAAUGUCUUUCCUGCUUUUCCUUCUCCCAGAUCUUGACUGAUAUAGGGUAGCUACUAGCUAUUACUAUUUGCAACCCACUUUUUUCAAUCCAGGAUUGGACUGUAAACAAAGGGAUCUUUACAAUAUGAAUCUGGGAAAAUACGUUACAGAAUUUAAUCAAAGAAAAGAUGCAAUUUCUGGAAAAGAUUUCUAUGUUAAUUCCCUUAGUACAAAUCAAAAUUACCCAUGUAGUUUAUUCAUGAAUCAAUUGCAAUUUCUUUAUGUUGCAUGUGGCAUUCCAAUUCACAGUUCUUUAAGCCAAUGGGUGAAUGUUAAGUUAAACAUAACUCUGACAGUUGUGUACCAGUUAAAAUUGAAUAACAGCCAACCAUGAAAUUUUUACUUAAAUGCUUUGAGUAACAGCCAGGAAAUGGUGUUAGUGAGCAUUGAAAAGUGAUGUACAACUAAAAUAAAUUCCAACAUUAAGUGAGAUGUGUCCGGAUUUCUGUCACAAACAAGAAGCAUUGAAUGUCCAUCGUGGAGGUGUGGAAACCAUUACUAGUUGUCAACAUGUAAACUCAAGGAAAUCAUGUGAUCUGCUUGAAGUUUGGAGGAUGGGAUUUAAAAGUCAAGUUCACCCCAGUUGAUA